AUGCCGAGUAUGGGGUUCGAGGAUAAGACGACGUACAACGACAAGUAUGUCGUUUUGUACGAUUUUGGCGAGACGGAUCAUGAUACGGCUGUCAAAGAGUUCAAGACCCUAGUUGCGGACCUGGAAGAAACUGGGUUUGACGUCGAAGUCAGAGCAGGCUAUGAGCAAUCCCUUCUUGUAUUCGCCAAAACACCGCGUGAGCUCCUCGGCAACGCUGUCUAUAAGGUUAAGGACUGGCUAUACGGCAUCACGCCGAAUCACCCUGGCGGUGAUAAAAACACAGUCGUCGAUGGAGCUUAUGAAGCAGAGGACAUCCUCUCAGUUUAUCAUAUCGUCAAUUGGUCCAAGGAACUUGGUGGUGCAGGCAUCACCCCCGGAACAGGGAAAUGGAAGAACGUCAAGGCGAUAUUUCCUAUUCAUAAUUCCAAGGUCAACCAGUCUUUGCUCAAGUACCUGAGCAGAAAGUUUUUCUUGUCCAACGAGGACAUUGACCAGAUUCGCAACCUACACGGCUCAAAGGUCGCUUUUUACUUUGCUUUCAUCCAAGCUUAUCUUCUAUUCCUCACUUUCCCCGCCAUAACAGGCGUUAUCGCAUGGCUCUGGCUUCCACGAUACUCCCUCGCGUACGGUAUUCUCACCAGCGUCUGGUGCACUGUUUUCCUCGAGUACUGGAAGAUCCAGGAGAUCGAUCUGAGUCUGCGCUGGAACGUCAAGGGUAUUCAGCAUGUCAAGGUCAACAGGCCGCAGUUCAAGUAUGACUAUGAGUAUGUUGAUGAAGGCGGGCGGAAACAUUACUACUUUCCUAGGUGGAAGAAGGUCGUGAGACAGUUGUUGCAGAUUCCGUUCUUGAUCGUGGCGUUUUUGGCGUUGGGCAUUACGAUCAUUGCGGUGUUUACUAUUGAGAUUUUGAUCUCUGAGACGUACGCUGGGCCGUAUAAGGAUUACUUGGAAUAUCUCCCAACGAUUCUUCUGGCUGUGUCUCUCCCUUAUAUCACCUCCGCCCUCGAAGACGCAGCCGAAUGGAUGACGGAAUUCGAAAACCAUCGCACCGCCGAUCUGCACGAAAUGUCACUUACCCAAAAAGUGUUUGUCCUCAACAUGUUCACCAACUACCUCCCCAUCUUCCUCACGGCAUUUAUCUACAUCCCCUUCGGCGGGACCGUGGUCCCCAAACUCGAGAAUUUCCUGUCAGCUGCGUUUGCGAGCGUCGGCAAGAAAUUUGUUCAUCAGCCGUUUCAUCUUGACGCCGAUAGGUUGAGAAACGAAGUUAUCGCUUUAACAGUCACAGGUCAACUAUCAGGCUUCUUUGAAGAGAACAUCGUCCCGAUGCUCAAGCAUAAAUUCUCAGAUUGGUAUAGAGAUUAUCGCAGGGCAAGGUCAAAGGGCGAUAUGCUUCUUGCGGUGGUGAAGGAUGAUCCGGAAGAGACAGCUUUCCUAUCACGUGUUCGAAACGAGGCGAUUCUUCCAAAGUACAACGUUCAGGAUGACAUUGCAGAAAUCGUUCUCCAAUUCGGGUAUCUUGCUUUAUUCUCACCAGUCUGGCCAAUCAUCCCAAUGGGCUUUCUCAUCAACAAUUGGAUUGAGCUACGGUCUGAUUUCGCAAAGAUCUCACUGGAGCAUCAACGCCCCGCACCAGUUCGCUCCGACGGAAUCGGCCCUUGGAUCUACUCCCUCGAAGCGUUAACCUGGCUCGGAAGUAUCUGCACAGCAGCAAUCGUCCAUCUUUUCAGUGUCGACAAAGUCGGCAAUACAAUGGGAAGCUGGGCGACUCUUCCCGUUACUGUCUUUAUCAGCGAGCACGUUCUCCUCCUCCUUCGAUCUCUCGUCCGCUUCGUUCUUCAACAAAUCGGCUCUGAGCGGAUUCGAGAAGAUUACAACCAGCGCUAUGCAAACCGCGUCAAGUAUCUCGAAGAGCUGGAGACGAAGAAACAGCAGUCUGGACUAGCUGUACGUGAGGCCCACCGUGAGCGACGCAAGUCGGUUCUGGUGAUGGAGAGAGAUCCGUUCUGGACGAAACAAGUCCAUGAUGGCGCUAGCGAGUUAGCAGGUGUCACGCUCAUCCAACAGGUGAAGAAGAAUGAAGAGCCUGGGGAUCAGGAGAAGAAAGACUAG